GCGGAGGGAAAAAGGAAAGGUCAGCCAUCACCAUCUGCUCGCCGAAAACGGCGCAACAUUACAACGGCCGCGGGUGGCAGGGAGGUCAACAUCGUUGUCGCUGUAGUGGAGCACGCGGUGUUCGGCGAAAUAUGAAAUUCCCGCUGUCCCGGUGCCCAACGCCGACAGAGACUCGAUUAUCGGAAGCAGCAGCAGCGCUUCAUCAUCGCUCAGCCUACUGCUUCUUCCUCUGCUCCUACCGGAUGCAGCAGCAGCAGCAGCAGUGGCGAACAUCGGUGCAGUUGUCGUCUUCAACGUUGCGAAGGCUCAGCUGCAGUAGCACGGGAUCGGCCGCGAAGAAAGCGGCGCUGCAGGAGAGCGAAGCAACAGCUUCGACCUAAGGAGGGAAGCGCAGGCAAACGCACGGUGCAUCAGAAAACGCCGGCCCGUGCGAGAAGAAGAGAAGUGAAGAAAGUGCAGUGACGUGAAGUGGAGUGUUACAAAAAAGGCAAGAAGAAGCAAAAACCCAAAGGAGCCAGUAUCCUUGGCAAAGUAGGCCUCGGCUAGCAGCAACGGCAGCAGCUGCUGCUUUUUCCUUCUCCGUCUCGCGCAGUUGUGCGGUACAGGGUGACACAGCGAAGUGCGCGAAGAAGUCGACGAUCGUCGAAGAAGCGGUCGUCGUGAAACAUCAUCUCUUGCUUGAGAAAGAAAAGGGGCGCGUUAUUUUUUGAGGCUAGAAGAAGCGAGUAGCGUGGAAACGCACGUGUUUUGUGGGUGAAAUUCUCGCGCGCGCGCGUGUGUGUGUGUGUGAGCAAAAUAAUCGUAUAGUGCAUAACGAAAGGUGUGCAACCUGGCUUCGACAGCAUCACAACAGCGAACCCACAGACGACACUAUGAUCACAGUAGGCGGAAGCUACUACAGUAGUAGCAGGAGUAGCAGCACAAGCAGUAAUAAUGGAGGAAGCGUCAGUAAAAGGCACCAGUGGACGGCAAGGAUCUUCAGCUUGCUGUUGAUUUUGCUGCAGUUGGAGGUGCAGGUGCUGUCACAUUCGGUGACGGCCCAGGAUGGGAUCUACAGUGAUGCCUCCGUCACGUCGGAAGCGGCUGGUAGCAGCUCGUCGUCGUCGUCGUCCUCGUCGUCGUCGUCGACGUCAUCCGCCUCUUCGUCGGGUGGCGCUUCGUCGUCGCUAAUGGACGGAAUAAUCCUCGACGAGGAAGGUGUGCUGCUUAUGUCCACACCCGGCACCCAGCAGACACUCAGCGAGGAGGCGGCAGCCUACCUACAGUUUGACCCACCCGAGAUCCUCAACUUUGCCGAACGAUCGAUCGGCGAUCCGCACAACCGGCCGGUGGUGCUCUACAAUCGGCACAAAAACCGGAGCGUCUAUCUCGACUCGAUCUCCGGCAGUACGGCCGAGUUCUCGAGCUCGUACUUCAAGGAGAAGGUAAUUCCACCCGGCGGCAACACCAGCUUCAACGUGGUGUUCCUGCCCCGCCGGCUCGGUCUGGCCGAGGGUUCGCUGCUGGUGCACACCUCCUUCGGGAUGCUCCGGUAUCUGGUGCAAGGCGAGGGCAUCGAGUGCCCGUACCGGUUGCGACCCCUCGUGGGCCUGCAGGCACCGCUCAACGCGACCCUCUCGCCGGAGAUCACACUGUACAAUCCGCACGACACGCCGCUCCAGAUACUGGAGAUCUACAGCAGUGGGGGUAAUUUCUUGCUCGAGCUACCGAGCGGUGCCCAGGAGGGUCCGCAGGCGCUGUGGGAGAUCCCGCCGCAUAGUACGCGCACGGUGAUCCGGGUGCGGUUUCUCGCUCGAACACCCGGCAGCCACGUCGCGUACGUACGGAUCAAGGUCUCGGGCGGGAGCGCGGAGCCGACGCUCGUCGACAAGAUGCUGGUCGUACCGAUCGAGGUGGAGAUCUUCAAAGAGACGGGCCUGUACUCGAGGAUACCGUUCCUUGAGUUGGGCGUUACGUCGGCGGAGGAGGCUGCCAUGGCAACGGCGGCAGUGGCAGUGCCGGUAAGCUCGAGCGAGUCGGGACUGAGUGUAAGGAGUGGUCAGAACGUAACCCGCUUGAGCCUGGACCUGAUCAACUCGGGCAGCCAGCCGGUGAAGGUGAAAAGCUGGGGCAUUCAGGCGGACGACACCGAGGCGAUGCUCUGCAUGCACGUGCUUGUGUCGGACGAGCGGACGCUGCACGUGGAGUUCGACUGGUCGAAGCUGGCGCACGACAAACGGUACAUCAGCGGACGGAUCCUGCUCAACCUCGAGCGGAUACAGACGGCGGGGACCGAUGGGCAAACGAUGGAGGACGAUCAGGACCACGAGCUGGACGACAAAGGGGGUGGCGGUGGUGGUGGAGCGCUACAAGAGGAUGCACACGCCGUGGAGGACGGGGUGGAGGGGGGUACGGUUGUGGCCAGCAUUUACUCGAUACCGUUCGCCGGCGAGGUGCUCAAGGGAAGCAUCCAGUACAACAAGGAAGCGCUACGGUUUCUGCUACACAACUACAAGGAGGCUAUCGGAAAUGUGGAAGAGGAAGAGCAGGAGGAGGCGGAAGAGGACGGGGAGAACGAUGGAAGCACAGGGACGCACGGUCCGCUAAGGCCACUGGUCAUCCGGAACCACUUCAACGUGCCAUUGUCGAUCACGAACGUCAGUGUACCUGAGAACUGCUCGCGUUACUUCACGCUGGAGGACUUCCGGCCGGUGGUGUUGAAACCGGACGAGGAGUGGACGCUCCUCCGUAUCGGCCUAAAGAAGCGGAUCACCCCCAGCACAAUCACAACCCACAUCAGGCUGGCGACGAACAUCAGUGACUACGAACUGCCCGUGCUCGGCUACAGCGGGAAGCUGCAACGGCGGCUUUCGUCGACGGUUCGCGACGCGUCACUGCUAACGGUGAUCCCGGAAACGACGGACGAGCUGGACUUUGGCAUCCUACCGAUCGCCACGCUCGGGGAAGCGCUCGUCGCGUUCAUCAACCCAAAUCCCGUCCCCAUACCGAUCAUCCACUGGAAGGGUGCAAUCACGUCGGAGGCGGCCGUCGGUGCACCCACGAUCACGGUCAUCUUGCGCGGCUGCGGGCCACGCCAUCUAGAGGAGCUCGUCUUCUGCACUACGGUGCCGCCGGGCGAGUGGAUCGUCUACCAGAUCAGCGUGCAGAGUGGCACGAUCGACCGCUACCAGGGCCGGUUUACGGUGAAGACGGACUACGAGGAGAUCGUGACGCCGCUCCACUUCACCACGGCCGUCGGUGAGCUGCACCUCGUGCGGGAACGGUUACGCUUCGCCGAUUGUUUUCCGGGGAAACUGUGCUCCCUGUCGCUGCUGGCGGCGUCCACCUUCCCGAGCAAGAUCCAGAUCGAGAGCGUGCGGACGGACGUGGCGGGGCUGGGCUACGAGUUCCUGUCGCCGGACAAGCAGCGGCCGCUGCCGCCGAGCCAGCCGGUGGUGCUGUACCCGGACGCGGUCACCAGCAUCGGGCGGCUGUCGUUCGAUCCGAAGGUGCACUGCGGCCCGGAUUGCUACAGCAGCUUCGAUCUGCUGUCGAAGCCGUUCGGCGUCAAGUGGAUGGCGACGCUGGACAGCUACGAGCAGUACCGGCGGCUGGACAGCGACAAGCUGCUGCAGCAGCUGCAGCGCUACGCCGAGAUGAAGCAGCGGCUGACGAGCGUCCACUUUCAGGUGCUGGCCGAGUCGAGCCGGAAGUUCGACUUUAACGCGAGCGUCGAUCUGGUGUGGCCGAAGCUGCUCGACGAGAACGUCUUCUUUCCGACGCUGCAGAUCGAGCAGGAGGCGGUCAAGCUGAUCACGAUCAACAACCCGUCGGAUCAGAUCCUGUUCGUGCACCUGGUGCUGCACGACGUGGCCGUCCAUGGGCGGGUGCCGGCGGUGGACGGUGGUGGUGGGGGGCCCCCCAUCCCGUUGCCGCCCGAGGUGCUGACCGGGUGCGCCAACUGUACGCUGAGCGAGGAGAGCGUGUUUUCCUUCUUCCUGUUCGACAGCGACGACAUCUACGUGAACUACGUGAAGCCGAUGUCGUUCCUGCGGAUAGCGGUCAAGUUUAGUGCCCGCCAGCCCGGCACCUACUCGACCGUGCUGUACAUGCGCAACAAUCUGACGCUGAUCGAUGCGGCCUGGAUACAGGCGCGGGCCGUCGUGCCCCUGUUCAAGUUCGGCAAUCGGCGGCCCGGCUCGCCGACGGCCCUGCAGUUCGAGGUCACCGACAAGCAUGUGCAGCUGUGCGGGACUCGAUACAACAAUCUUCAGCAGCAGCAGCAGCAGCGGCGACGGCGGGACUCGGGGACAUCGUCGGAUGCUGGUGGCACGAUGAAGGGGGCAGUGGGAACGUCCGAUGCGUUCGUCGAUGCUGCUACCGAUAGCCUGGUGGCGAAGGUGGACGAGGCGGAGGAGGCAGAGCAGCUGGGGUUGGAAACGAGACGCACGUUUACGGCGCGUAACUACGGCGAGGUACCGAUCGUGAUAUCCGGCAUCCGGAUCGAGGACCUCCCGUGCGAAGGCUAUGGCUUCAAGGUGCUGGACUGCGCGCCGUUCGAGCUGGCGCCGAACGCGAGCCGCAAGAUCGAGAUCGCGUUCGCGCCCGACUUCACGCUGGCGCGCGUCGUGCGCAUGCUGCACUUCGACACCAACAUCAACCACUUCCCGGUGAACUUUACGCUGCUCGGGACGAUACCGAUGCACCGGCUGGAGAUCUGCUAUCUGGGGCACCCGCGGCCCUGGUACGAGCCGUGGUUCCGCAAGCUGCUGCUCGUCGUGCUGCCGACGGCGCUCCUCGGUACGCUCGUGGCCUCCGUGCUCGACGCGAACCGUGUGCUGCGGGUGCAUUUUUUGAGCCUUACGCGCGAGAAAGGCCCUGUCCAGCCGCCGCUUGACCUGCGGCAGAUUGCGCUACAACACACGACCAGCAGCACGGCGACGUUGGUGGAUGCGGCGGGAGGUCCCACUGACCGGGGGGGUAAGCUUGUAACGGACAAUGGAAACGCCGUUUCGACGACGACGACGCCGGUGGUUACUCGCCACAAUCGGAAAUCGGAACGAAAGAACGGCACGAAGGGGGGAGGCCUUCAGAACGGAAGUAUAACGUCGGCCGAGAGCGGCUCGAGUCGGUUCAAUCGUAGCUGGAUGGAUUUCACCUCGAAAUCGGCGGUUGCAAAACUAACUCCAAACGGUGCCGGUGGAAAGCAGCAGCCCUUAGCGACGGCUUCGGCAGCGUACACCUUUUCCUCUUCCACUUCAUCCUCCCCCUCGUCGAACUGCUCGUCGUCGGUGUCGGACAACGUAAGCAAAAUUGCGCCGGCGGCUAAGAGUCGACGUUCGGCGACACCGUCGAAGGAUAAGGCGAUAACGUCACCAGAAACGGUUCAUCUGGGCGUUAACAGUAGCAGCAACAGCUUUGUACCAGCAUCAUCCGCCAAAGACCGAACGAAGCCGGCGGAGGAAAAUAACCGAACGUACGGAUCGUCGAGAAAUGGGCCAACGGUGGCCACGAAAUCGACACCACCGGUCUUCUGCUCUACCAGUGACUUAACGGGCGUGACUGAAUCAAAUUCAUCCGCCAAACAUCAGCAUCAUCACUCUGCGUCGUCAUCAUCCUCAUCUUCAUCAUCCUCCUCCUCCUCGUCGGGUGGGGAAGAAUCGUCAUCGGGUGGAAAUGAGGAGCGAAGCAUCACAUCGGCGGCAUCGGACACCUCAUCGUUGUCCUCCUCCGCCUCCUCCUCGUCAUCUUCAUCUCCGUCCCCGACGGCGACGAAGCAGCAGCACGCACCGGCGGACAACUUUGCGCCAGCAGCCGCCACCGCCACCAACGCGAUGGCCAAGGUGAACGUAAAGAAAACGAAAAGCCUACCGAUGAGCUACGAAUCGGUGGUGGUUUCGUUGGCUAGCGUGUUCGCCGCCACCGCCGCCGCCGUCACCAGCAACACGAUGGCAUCGUCAUCGCACUCUAGUCAGACGUCAACGUCAGCCGCAUCGACGGCUUCCCUGGCUACGAUAGCAGCUGCCGUUUCGUCCUCCUCCGACAUAGCGUCACCGGCCACGCCCACGUCGUACGUCGGUACGCAACGGGCAACGCAGCAAUCCACGACGAAGGACGCCGCGAGCUACAAUCACCAACCAUCGAGGCUGGAUAAUAAUCCAAGCAAGCUGCGAAACGGUGGUAACGCUAGCAACAACGGCGUGGACGUCACCACAACCAAGGAACCCUUGGUGGCGAAGGACGGCAAACCGUUGUCAUUCUCCUCGAAUAUCGGAAACAGCAGCAGCAGCAGCACAAUGAAGUACCAAAAAGCUCAAACGACCAACACGACCGGCAGCGGUUUCGGGGCGGAAGGAACUAAGCAUUCCAAGGAGCUUCCGGCCGCGGUGAAGAUUGCCUUCGGCGAGAAGCUGUCGCUUCCGGCGAACGAUGGCGACAGUCUCCUCGGCAAGGAAAACAGUUCCACCGGUAACAUUAUCUUCGAAAAAUGCAACCAGAUCGAGCAAGCGCAACAGCAACAACCGUCGAAAAAGUUCAGCAAAACACCCGGCCGAGAGCGCAAGCCAACCCAGGCCAAGAAGGGCACAAAUGGAAAAGGAGCACCGACCGGCGCACAACAGUACAAGGGUACCGCACUGCAGUUCAACUCGCUCGGUGGCCAGCACAAAUCGACAACGCUCGGUACGAUCCUGCAGAAUGCGUCCGUCCCCGUUUCGACCGGUGCUGCAGGUGGUGCAGGGUCGGUUUGGGGUGAAAAUUGCGCUCGCUUCAGCGAUGUCGUUGCACAAAUGUCCAGCUCGAAAGCCGGUCAGCAAUCGGUUACGGCAUCAUCGCCGCUUCUCGGCAUGGAGUUUCUUCUUGGGCUACCUUUGAACACAAACGCGCCACCCUCGGGCUCAUCCCCUUCGCCGAAGCAGGGUUCCACUCAGAAACCGUAUAAAUCGAAGGACGAUAGCUAUCUGGUCGGAGCGGAAGAACGCGAAUCAUCCGCACCGUUUGUGGCUACCAGCGGCUCGCCGGACCUGGGACCGAUCGGAACGUCGAAGAAAUCUCCCACCGGUAGCAACAACGGUGGUGGAGGAGGACCGGAGGGUGAUGGUGGAGAAACUGAUGGGUUUGGUGGACGCGUCAACGAGGAUCGACCUGCGGCCGGUGGAUGUGUAGCGAAGAGUUGGGAACCGUUCGGUGGACAUGUCAUACAUAACCCGGGACAACUUACGGCGGCCGCGACUGAGAACAACCGAGAUGAGAUUGGACAGCUCAACCACCAAUCGGACAGUUUCUUUUCACAAUCGUUCGCCGACUUUCACCAUCGCACAAACGAUCAGUUCCGAGGCAUAUCUUCGAUGGCUGGCGGUGGCCAGAACAUGAAUGCGAUGAAUAUGACGUCGUCCUCCUCCGUUAUGCAGCACAAUUCCGGCGGGUAUGCGUUUCCGGAUCAAGGGCGCAAUGGUGGCCUGGCCAUGGGCAACAGCUAUACCGAUGGUUCCCGCUCACACCCGAUGCGUCAGCAGCAACCGAUGGGUGACUGGAAUAACUCCGUCGAUUCGACGACGCUGCAUUGGCCCAUGACUGCGCACAAACCGGCCACUAUUUCGCAGCCGACCGGUGGCAUGGAUUUGGAGUGGGGUCAUAACUCUGAUUUUUGGAACAGUCUUAGCCCGCAGCACCAUCAUCACUAUCAACAGCAGCAGCAUCAGCAACAGCAGCAGCAACAGCAACAACAGCAAAUGGCAUACUCAACUCACUUCCAAUCUCAACUGGCCGGGCAGAUGCCGAUCAGUUGCCCGCAGCAACCGACCAUGGUACCCGAUAUUGGUCUCGGUCGUAACAUGAGGAUGUCCGACGGCUGGUAUACGGCACCGACGGCGAGCACCGUUGGACCGCCACCCGGAUUCACGAACGUCAUGCCGGUCGGAACACAUGCCAACAUUGGACUAGUUCCUCCGCAGCAACAUGUGACGCAAGCGGAUCAGCUACAGCAACACUUUCAGCUAAUUCUACAACAUCACCAGCAGCAACAGCAACAGCAACAGCAGCAACAACAACAGCAACAAAUGCGUCAACUGGCGUCUCAAGAAGAACUGACCUUGCCCCCGUCGGCCGGUCCCAUCGGUGCGGGCGUUUCAUCAUCCGGUGGAUCUUCUUCUCCCACUGCUUCGUCAUCGUCCCCUGGAGUAGCAACGGUCGGCGCGGCAUCGUCAUCCUCUGGAUCAUCGUCAUCGUCCGUUUCUUCUACGGUCGCUCCGUCGGUCAUGCCAUCUUACGACCCUUUUCAGCUUCGGACAAUCUGGGCCUCGGCCAGCAACAAUGAUCCCUGGGCUACGACGGAAGCGUCGAAAAAGAAGUAAAGGAGUCUAGGAUCUUCUGGGAAUGCGAAAGAAGCGGAUACGCGGCCCAAGUUGGUGUUUGUUAGAAGCUUUUCGUGUUUACUAGAGUGUUUGAUUUUCUCUCUCCCAUCAAAACCCUAAAUUAUUUCGCGGAUUGUCGCUUCUUGCCAAUUUAGGUCAAGUCUACAGACGAAUUAUUUUCUUUUAGUUUUUUUCAAAACAUUUAUCCUCUUUCGAAAUACCGUCUGGAAAAGAAUUAACAUUCGAUGCUCAAGGCAUUGAACGGAAAUCGGUUGUUUAAACUCGAAGCCCUUUUUUGUGUCUGAUGAACCAAAUAUGUAAGAGUAGUCACUUGAAGACGGAGAAUUUGGCAAAAAGAAAAAGAAUUUCAUAUCUAUAUCACUUGGUACAACCGGCAACACUCUAGACACAGACACUCACUUAUUGCCCACUUUUUCUUACAUUUUAUUAUCAUUUUAGUUUCUCCUUACUUUUUUUUUCCUUUCACUCCAAUAUAUAUUUACUUUUAUCGUUCUACGUUUUUCUUCGCUAAAUCAGUCACCUAUCCCCUAUUAUUAAUCUCAACCGAUACCAUGUUUUAAUUGCGUUAUAAAAAUGAUACGAACUGAAACAUUUGAUGUGAAAUGAACUGUAUAUGUCAAAUGAUUUGAUCAUUCAAAGCUUUGUUUCUUUUCUGUGUUCACGUCUUGGUUAUGAUUUUGUGAUACUAAAUUAUGCUAAGGCCUCUCGUAAUCAUUGGCAUGACAGGCUCGUUCUACUCUUUACGUUGGACUGUCUUUCCCAGGGGAUUUAUGACCAGCCACCAUAGACCAUAUCCCAGACAAUUCAUAAACUAUGAUGCUGAGCUAAAAGUGAUUUUGGACAUUAUAAUAUGAAGACAAGAAACAUUACUAAACAGAUCUAUACAUACAUUACAUAUAUAUAAAUAUGCUGCUAAAAGGCACGAGUAACCAUGAUGAUGAUGAUGAUGAUGAUUAUAAGAGGAGCAUGUUGCCUAGCUGAUGCUGAUGCUUCAAACUGAAUGAUCAAACGAACCCGGCAAUGAUGAUAACGAUGAAGAUGAGAGCUGCAAACUUAACACUUCAUUCUGCUAACGGAUAACGGAAGAUGACGAUGGUAAAACCGAAUGAUCCUCGUCCGGUUGUCGGCAGGGUCGUAAUCGAUUUUGAACAAAUAAAACCACAUACACAGAGUGAAAAAAAGAUGAAUAAUCUGCAAAU